UGGUUGAAAAAGGCUCCGGCCGACGCAAAGUGUGCAGUUGCCGAGUCGCUGGAGAUGAUGCUGAACAAGAUGGUGGGCAACAAGCCAGAGACUAACACGGUGACGCUGCGCUACCACUCGAUGAUGAUCCCGCACUUCAACGGCGGAGCCGUUGAUAUGCGCACCCAAGCAGCGUUGAAGCGUCGAAAGCUAGACCUGGAUACUUUGAACGUGGUCCACCUGUCGCUCAAGAUGCUACUUGCGCCUCAGCCUCAGCAGCGGCCAAAGGGAGGUAUUGUGGACGAGAAGGUGUCGGGCGCGAAGCUGCUCAGCUACACGAAGAUGUUGGAAGAAAAGCAAGCCAAAGACGAAGCAAAG